GCUUCCGAAAGUUUUGAAGAACUUUUGGUCAUUUUUUUGGUGGCCAGCUUUUAUUUGCAUUUGAAUGCUUCUGUUUGUUUGCACUUGGGCUAGUUUUGUUUGGUCACACCGAACUACAGAAAUACGUUUUUCAAGUGCUGUUGGUGCAUUAAGACAAAAAUAUAUAUAUUUUGUUUUAGUCUAACUCCGUCCAAGGCCAUUUCCAUAUGAAUUGUGAAGGAGAGUCCUCGGCCGGACUGGAGGCUGUGAUUCAGAAACAUGUUACUGUGUUGGUGAUGUUACAGAAACUAGAGGAAUCUCUGAUCAACCCAGACAGCAGCACUGAGGAGAAGGGUCUCACUGUACAAAGUGAUGAUGUGGACUCUUUUUUAACACCAGUUCCUGCACUCAUACGGCAGAUAAUCACCCGAAACCUGUCCGAUGGUCCUUCAGUUUCUGGUGCUGGUGGGAACAGUGUACUGGAAGAGAACCGGCAUCUAAAGGAUCUGCUUUCACAGACCCGUAUGGACAGAGACCAGAUGCUCGGCAAGCAAGCUGUUUUAACCAGCAGGCUGGAGCAAAUGUUGACUCUGCAGUCGGGAGAAUCAGACCAGGAGAGUGUGUAUGGUGCAGAGAAUCAGAGGCUGCGGGAAGAGAGCCGAGCAUACAGGCUCAGACUGCAGGCCUACCAGGAGAGCCAGCAGAAACAGGCCCAGCUGGUCCAUAAACUUCAGGCCAAGGUGCUUCAGUAUAAAAAGAGAUCUGGAGACCUGGAGCAGCAGGUGCUGGAGAAAACAUCCGAGUUGGAAAAGUUGCGUCUCUCGCUCCAGUCUCACUUGGACUCCUCAGCCCAGCAGUUACAGCGCUCAGAGCAUGAGCAUACCCUGGAUACACAGAGCAAACUUACCCUGCUGGAGGAGGAGCGGCAGAGGUGCUCCAGUUUGACCAAGGUGAACGCCCUGCUCCGUGAACAACUGGACCAAGCCAACGAAGUCAACCAGGCCCUUACAGAGAGUCUCCAUAAGGCCCAAGAAGAGGCAGAGCAGAAAGAAAUGCAAUUGAAUAGGGAACAGGAGGUGACUGCCUCCCGGCUGAGCCGUGAACAGGCACGUUGUCGGGCUCUCUGGCGCCAGGCUGCAUCUCUGAGGAGCACCUUCACGCAGCUCAGGGCUUUUGCUGACAGGAGUCUUUCUGACAUGCGGGGGGAGAAUGCAUCACUUAGCCGGAGGCUACAUGUAGUCUGUAUGAAUCUGGAGGCUGCUUUGAGUGAUCAAAAUGCCUCUACUGGUCUGGAGGUCUCAGCUCUAGAGAGGCAGCUGAGAGACAAACUGAGGGAAGCUAUGCAGCUUCAGGCCUGCUUCAAUGUAGAGAAAAUGGAGCUCAACUCCAGGAUUCAGGCACUGGAGGACACUUUAAAGCAUCUAAGAGCUCAAAACAGUGAGAAAGAGAACAGCCUGGCAGCAUUGCAAAGCAGUCUGCAUAGGAUGGAAUUGAGUCAGGCUGAGCUCACUGCUGAGAGGGACACCUUACGCAGUGAGGUUGGCAGCCUACAGCAGAUUCUCUACAGCAUCCACCAGACAGUAGGUGAGGACAGGGACAGUAGCAGCUCAGACAGUCCCGGAGAAGAAAUUCUUUCUCUCUCCUCUGUCUAUCUCUCCUCUCCUCAGCAUGGUAACACUCUGAACGCUGUACGACGUGUAUUAUCCAAGCGGCAGACACAAACUCAGGAUUUGCAGGAUCGUCUAGAAGCUGCACUGAAGCAGGCUGCAAUGCUGAGUGAUCAGCUACAGGAUAGAGAGUCUGAGAGGAGGCAGCUGGAGCAGAGAAUUCAGCAGCUGGAACAAGAGAACCAUCGUGCAGAGAUGGCUGGUGAGGAGAGCAGCAGAGAUGCCCAGAGAUAUCGCAACUCUCUGGGCAUUAUCUCCAGUGAGAGGGAUGACUUGGAGAAGCAGCUCUCUACCCUGCAGCACCAGCUGAACUGUGAUCAAGCAGAGUUGGAGCGUUUAAGGAGCGCGUCUUUAGAAAACCAGAGGCAGAGAGAGCUCCUCCGGCAGCAGAGGGAGGACCUGGAGAGGCAGCUGGCUCGCGAGUGCUCCGAAGCCGAGAGGGGUCAGCGGACUGUUGAACAGCUGGAGGCCAAGCACUCGGAUGUGCGCAAAGAGCUGGUGACUGUAAAAGAAGCUCUGAGUCAGCUCACACUACAGAAAGAAGUACUGGAAGAUGAGAAGAGGAGCCUUGUACAGGCUUUGUCGAAGGCAGAGGUCCAGAAUGCUGAGCAGGAGUUGACACUUACCAAACUGCAAAGCGAGGCUGCAGCGCUUAGAGACUCCUUAGCCAAGAUGGGUGCCCUGAGCGAAGGUUUAGCCAAAGACAAGGUGGAGCUGAACCGUGUGCUGCUACAGGUGGAGGCUGAAAAGGCAGAGCUUAGCGAACGGAAAAGAGAGGUGGAGCUUGAGCGGACAGCAGCCAGGGAGGAUCUGACACGCGUGCAGCAGGAGCUGCUGGAUGUGAUGGCCGAAAAGCGAGCUCUGGAGGCCACACACAUUCACUUCCAAGAGGCCCGAGGAAGUCUGGACGCAGAGCUGAGCGUGCUGCAGAGGGAGAAGACUUUAACGCUGGAGCAGCUUGCCCAGGCCAGUAAGCAGAAGCAGGCAGCAUUGGAGCAGUUGAGUGUGUGUCGAAAAGAAGCUGAUCUCCAGACUGCCUCGCUGCAGAGGACGGGCAGAGAGAGAGAGGAGCUGGCAAAAAACAAAGCCAUGCUGACUGUCCAGCUCACCACAGAACAGCGAAAAGCCAAGGCGCUCACCCAAGAGCUGGCUGCUCUUCGAGCCGAGAGGGAGUCUCUGGAGUCAGCUCUGUUUGAUGGACAGGAGCUGAUCCUGUCUCUGGAGGCUGAUCAGACUCGGUUAGAGGGAGAGAAAGGCAAUCUCCAGCAGGCUAACGAUUCUCUGACAUGUGAGGUGUCUCGUCUCCAAGGUGAACUGGAGCAGCAGGUGUCUCAGGCUCUUCAGGAGAGACAGGCUCUGGAGCUAAAGCUUGCUCAGGCUGAGAGAAAUGCCCAGCGAAGUCUUGCUGCUGCUCAACACUCUCACCAGGAACAACUUGAAGCUGAGCGCAAGGACAAGGAAUGUAUACGCCUGACCCUGACUGAACAGAAGGAGCAGGCUGAAGAUCAGCUGCGUACGGAGUGUGAGGAUCUACGGCUGCGCAGUCGCAGGGAACUGCAGCAGCUGCAGGAGCAGCUGGCCAAACUGCAGCAACACUGCACAGACAGCCUGUUACAGGCCGAGUGCCACAAACAACAGGCGCUGUCUGAGAAAGAGGCAGAAAAAGCAGCUCUGGCCGAGCGUAAUCUCAUGCUACAGCAGGAACUGGAAGCUGGUGCGCUUGAGAUGGAGCGCAUGCACAGAGACUUCCUAAGCAAACAGGAACAGGAUAAGGACACAAUGGCAGGUCUGCAGAGUGAGCUGCAGCAGCUUCGUUCAUGUUUUGAGGAGUCUCUCAGCUCUCGGGAGAUCUCAGAAAAGAGACACAAUGAACAGAUCAGAGAAUUGUCUCUACACAGGCAUGAGGCUCAGCAGGAGGUGGAGCGUUUGCGGAGGGAGUUGGCAGAGGUGGAGGAAAGCCGAGAUGCCGGUAGGAGGGAACUGAUUGGGACUCAUCGGCAGCUCAGAGAGUGCGUUCAGGAGAGAGACGCCCAGCGUAGGGAGAGUCUGGAGCUGAAGAGAGCCCUGGGAGAUGAAAGCAGAGAGCGGGAAACCAUCCACACCUCCAACCAGGAACUCCGGACUGCUGUCAAAAGAGCUGAGAGUGACAAUAACAGUCUGAAGAGAUCUCUGGAGGAGAAGGAGCAGAGACUGGCCAUCCUAGAGGAGUGUAAGUCCUCUCUUCAGCAGGAGGCACUGAAACUGAGGUCCAGUCUGCGUGAUCUGGAAAAAUCACACCUUCAGGCCCGUCGAGAACUCCAAGAACUGCGCCGAAAGGUAAAAACUCUAGAGGCAGAGUGUACACAACGUAGUCAGGAACUGAGUGAAGUUAAGGCUCGUUUAGUUCAGGAAGAGCUGAAGGAGGAGGAGAGCAGGAGGGACAACUUUGCCCUUAAACAGCGAAUCUUGGAGAGUGAUGCAGGACGAGAAGCAGCACUAAAGGAGAUGGCAGGCCUGCAGCGGCGUGUAUCUGAGCUGGAGGAGGCACAGCGAGUCGAGCGGGAUGCCCAGCGUCAGCGUGAAGUCAACUUUGAGCAGAGCCAGCAGUGUCAGCAGGAAAAGAUCACCUGUUUAGAAGCGGCUCUACAGGAGGGUCAGGUGAAGCUUAGAGACCUGAAUGUGGAGUUGAGUCUAGCACAGGGACGAGUUCAAGGACUGGAGGAGCAGCUUGCAAAGACUGAUGCUGCACGCGCUGAUCUGGAGCACAAGAUGAGUGGUCUGACCUCUGCUCUUAGACGCACUCUGGGCAUCGGGUGUGGGUCAAGAUCACCCACUCCAAGGCCGAGAGGGAGGAACCCAUCACCAUGGAGAACUCAAUCUCCUUUUAAAGGUGGUGAUCGUGUAUGUAGCUCUUCUCCAACUCGAUCUGUUGGAGAAGACGGAGACCUGGAUUUGGACUCUGUGCAAGUGGCUCUGCGUAACUUCCAGCAGGAGCUCAGAGACACCCAGAGAGAGAGGGAUGAGGCCCAGUCUCAGGUACUGAAUUUGAGCAAGCAACUGACAGAUCUACAGGCUAGUCAGGAGAAGAGCAGCACACGGGUGCAGCAGAUGAAGCGUGCACUAAAGGAGCUGGAGCAGGGGAAACGUGAUUUGGUGGAGCGGUUAGAGAUGGCUCAGGCCUCACUUAUACUACAGGAGGAUGCAGUGCAGUGUGGAGACCGAGAGAGGAGGAUCAUGGGAGAGGAGCUGUCCAGGCUGAAAAGUAGCCUGCAAUCAGCUGAGGCAGGAACCAAAGCUCUGCAGGAGAAGCUGGAGCGGGCCGAUGUGUCUGAGGCGAGACUGGUUGAGGAGUGCAGGAAGUUGAAAGAGGCCUGUAAGGCCACAGAGGAACGAGUGUCCAGGUUUGAGAUUAACCAUCGUGCUCUUGAAGGGGAGCUGCAACGCUCACGGCUGCAAACUGGAGAGCUGGAAUCCGAGCGUGCUGCCUUGCUGGAGAGAGUGACCAGUCUACGAAGGGAACUAGGGGAAAGCGAGCAGCACACGGCUCUGCUCAAGGUGGAGAGUGAGAGAGCAGCGACAGCACUUGCCCGUGCUGAACUUCAGGAUGCUCAGCUGCAUGAGAGGCUGCAGAACCUAACAGCAGCUCUAAAUGAGAGUAACUGCAGUACAAAAGAUGCACAGGAGCAGGCCGCUCAGCUUCAGAGUGCUCUCUCGGCCAGCGAGCACGAUCGCAGGACACUCCAGGAGCAGCUGGAGAAGGCUCGCCAUGCUCUUUUGGACACUAAGAAACAAAACCACAUCCUGAAUGACAAGCUGCAGAACCUGCUGAGAAAUCAGGAUGAUUCUGAGCUCAGAAUCAAAGAACUGGAAAAACACAUGCGCAGCUUGCAGGAGGCUGUGCGGCAGCGAGAACAGGAGAUGCAGGAGACCCAGGAUAGCUGUGCUUUUCUGCAGAGUGAGAAGAGAGAGCUACAGGAGCGAGUAAACAUCCUACAGACCUCAGUGCAAGGCCUGCAGGAGGACAAGACGCAGCUAGAGAAGACGCUUGCUCGCCUUGGCAAAGACAAGACCUCCCUUAAACGCACACUUGAGAAGGUGGAACAGGAGCGACGGAGUCGUGAAGAGCAGGCAGUGUGUGUUGGUCAUCAGAAGGAGCAGCUGGAGCAGACAGUGUGCAGUCUGGAACAGGAGCUGAGCGAGACACAAACAGAAACCAACACGCUAAAGUCCCAACUUUCCCAUAUGGAGCAGGCUCAUACGCAGCUCCUUCAGGAAAUAAGUACUCGGCACAGGCAGGAAGUAGAGUUGGAGACCGGACGACUGCGUGGUGCUCAACAGCAGGCAGAGCGGGCACUGGAAGCUCGAGAAAAAGCUCACCGGCAGAGAGUUCGUUGCCUUGAGGAACAGGUGUCCACACUGAAGGAGCAGCUGGAACAGGAGAUACGCAGAAGACAGACCUACAUGAGUCAAAUGCUGAAGCCUGGGCACUAGACGUGUGUAUGUGUGUGUGAUUUGGCCUGCUGGAUCUGACUUCUAAGGCCAUGGAGCGAAGCCCAUGUUUCAUCACACACUCCCUUUUGCCGUCUCUCAUUAUGGAGCUGGGCCAACAUGGCUUGCAGUGGCUACUCAGACGGAUGUCCACAUAAUAAGCGGUUUUAACGGACGCACGCGAGCACACACCCCCACACUUUUACUCAAAGAACAAGAAAUCACUCGCAGGACUGUUGGACUACAUGAGCACAAAUCCCCUCAGUAAUCCUGAUUGACACCAUAAAAAACCCCCAACAACAACAAACAAAGAGAUCACUGUUUCUCCAAAACGCUCGGCAAGUGCCAAAUUGUUUUAAGGAUUUGCUCGGCAUGCGGCUGAGGCGUGUGUUAGUGUGCUCUGUGUGUCCCUGUUGGCCUGAUGAUGAUCGCUACAAUGUGAGGAUGGCAACUGCUAGUUUACCUCUUACACCCACACGCACACAAAAACUCAUACACACAUACAGUAUAUACACACACAUUUUUCUUACCAUCAUUUUGAGAACCCUUUAUUGAUAAUUAUUAAUGCAGCUAAUCAGUGCUAUACCUACAUGUAUAUUUAACCCUAAUUUUAACCUCAGUACACUAAAAGUAAUUUUUUUUCUUUAACAAAAAAAACCUGAUACACAAGUCAGAAUGACCCCAAAAGGUCCAAAUUUUUAAAUGAUUCCUAUCUUGAUGAGGACAUAUGGUCCCCUCCAAGAUAUAAACUUGCUUGCUAGCACAUAAACACACACAUAAACACACACACACACACACACACACACACACACACACACUUCUAACAGAAUAUUCUGCUCUUUUAUGUUUUUUGUUUUUUUUAUGUCGUGCGUCACUUAUUUAAUACGUUUAUUACAUGUAACAACAUGGAGCUUAAUGAUAAUGAGAUGCAAUCGUUUUCAUCUGUCAAUGCUUAGGUCAUUUUUGAGUUCUGAAUCAAAGCAUAGCAUUCAUGACAACCUUAGAGAAGCCAUUCAGAUUUAUUUUUUUGAUCAUAUUUAAUGUUAAUCAUUGUAACAACUUAAUGUCAGUUAAUUCAAAAACAUGACGAUUUCAGCACCAUGUUAAACCUCAGACAUACGUGCUUGAUGUUUGGUGAACAAUUAAGAAGAAACCGCUUGUUGAUUUGGGUUUUUCGGGUUUUUCUUUUUCCAGCUUCACUCCAUGAAAUUAUUUUAUUUAUGCGCAAAUAAACCCACAAUGAGUGAUGAAA